UGGAAGCUGCUCUUCACAGGGAUGAUGUGGAGUUUAUCAGCGACCUGAUCGCCUGCCUUCUUCAAGGUUGCUAUCAGCGCAGAGACAUCACAUCCCAGACAUUUCACAGCUACCUGGAGGACAUCAUCAACUACCGCUGGGAGCUGGAGGAAGGGAAACCCAACCCCUUGCGAGAGUCCACCUUCCAGGAGCUACCACUGCGCACCCGAGUCGAGAUCCUGCACCGCCUCUGUGACUACCGGCUCGAUGCAGAUGAUGUCUUUGACCUCCUCAAGGGCUUGGACGCAGACAGCCUCCGUGUGGAGCCGCUGGGUGAAGACAGCAGCGGGGCUCUGUACUGGUAUUUCUAUGGCACACGGAUGUACAAGGAGGACCCAGUGCAGGCGAAAACCAACGGAGAGCUGGCUCCAGACAGGGGAUGUGGGGGACAGACAAAUACUCCAAACGUUCCUGGGAAAACAGGCAAGAGACGAGGGCGACCCCCAAAGCGGAAAAAACUACUGGAGGAAAAUUUGCUGAGGGAGAAGGCAGAAGAGAACUUGCUAAUCCGUGAGACUCAGAUAAGAAAUGGGUCCCAAGGGCCAGGCCGUGGGACAUGGUGGCUGCUGUGCCAGACGGAAGAGGAAUGGAGGCAGGUCACCGAGAGCUUCAGAGAGAGGACUUCCCUUAGAGAGCGGCAGCUCUACAAACUCUUGAGUGAAGACUUCCUGCCGGAGAUCUGCAACAUGAUUGCACAGAAGGAGAAGCGUCUACAGCGGACAGAGUUUUCUCCCAGGUGGAUGUCUGACCAUCAGCCCAUCAAACCAAUCAAGCAGGAGGUAAACCCAAAUGUGCUCAGUUCAGUGGAGAAGCAGAGGCGCAGAGAGGAAGAAGAGGAGCGCCAAAUCCUUAUAGCGGUGCAGAAAAGGGAGCAGGAGCAGCUGCUAAAGGAGGAGAGAAAGAGAGAGAUGGAGGAGAAGGUCAAAGCUGUGGAAGAACGAGCCAGGAGGAGGAAGCUUCGUGAAGAGCGGGCCUGGCUGCUGGCACAGGGGAAGGAGCUCCCACCUGAGCUUUCCCACUUGGAUCCCAGUUCCCCUACCAGGGAAGAACGAAGGGCCAAGGAUCUCUUUGAACUGGAUGAUGAGUUCACAGCCAUGUAUAAAGUUCUAGAUGUGGUAAAGGCUCACAAGGAUUCUUGGCCUUUCUUGGAACCUGUUGAUGAAUCAUAUGCUCCCAACUACUACCAGAUCAUUAAGGCCCCCAUGGACAUCUCUAGCAUGGAGAAGAAGUUGAAUGGAGGUCAGUACUGCACCAAGGAAGAAUUUGUGGGCGAUAUGAAGACCAUGUUCAGGAACUGUCUUAAGUACAAUGGUGAAGGCAGUGAAUAUACCAAGAUGGCUUACAAUUUGGAGAGAUGUUUCCACCGAGCAAUGAUGAAGCACUUCCCUGGGGAAGAUGGAGACACGGAUGAGGAGUUCUGGAUCAGAGAAGACGGGAGGCGGGAGAAGAGGAGCCGGCGGACUGGCCGCUCCAGUGGUGGCAGUGUUUGGACUCGGUCACGAGACUCAGAGGGACCAGGCAAGAGGCAGCAACGCCUGGAAAACGGAGGGAAACCUCCACCGUAUCGAGCUACUUCUAGGGCUCCUGCUUCUUCCUCUUCCUCCUCGUCUUCCUCCUUCUCCUCAUCCUCUGCAGAGGAUCCAAGUGGAAACGCCAUGCAGCCUCCUCGAGAAGUGGGCCCUUCCAAUGGGAGAGGUUUCCCCCGCUCGCUGCAGUAUGGUGGCAUGCCCAGCCCUGUGCCACAUCCUGGCCAGAUGAGACCAGCCGUACCAGGAACGUUUGGACCCCUGCGUGGAUCAGAUCCAACGAAACUCUAUGGCUCACCGCGAGUGCCAGAGCCCCAUCCUGGAGACCCGGUUCAACAGCACCAGCACUUUGCCAUGCAGCCUUCCGUGGGACUGAGCGAGCACCGAGGGCACAGGCUGGCCACUCCCGAGAAGCAGGUGUGUGCAGGGCCGACCCACAUUGCUGGUCUUGGACCCCGUCCCAGCGCCUUGCAGCUAGGGUGCAUGAGUGGACCCCCUCCUGACGCCGUCUACUCAGCAGCGCAGUUCCAGCAGGGAUUCCUUCCUCCCAGGCACAACGGGCCUCCAGUGAGGCCGCCAGAAGGUUCCGAGAUGCCACCAGGACACAUGUACCGACCCUACAAGUACCUGAACCGUGGGCACCCUGCCUUGUGGAAUGGCAGCCAUGGAGCCAGCGGCCAGAGUGCAGUGGGGCCAGAGGAGAAGGCACCCCUGGGGCCGGCGCCCUCGCUCCAGCCCCGUGCCAUCGGCCAUAUGAUGGAGCCCCGGGCCAUACGGGCACCUCUGCCUCCCAGCCAGUGGACUGAGCAAUCAAACUUUCUACCUCACGGGGUGCCUCCCUCAGGGUAUAUCAGACCACCUGGGAAAACCGCCAGCCAGAGAAUGCCGCAGCCACCAGCCGCUCUUUUUGGGGGACCGCCUCAGGUUCAAAGAGGGUGCCAGGGUGGGGACUCCAUGAUGGACAGCCCAGAGAUGAUCGCCAUGCAGCAGCUGUCAUCCCGUGUGUGCCCGCCAGGUGUGCCUUACCACCCUCGACAGCCACCCCCGCCGCACCUUCCCGGGCCCUUUCCCCAGCUGGCUCACGCUGCCUCCACUGGUGUGCCACCCCCAAAGCCUGUCGUUGGGAAUGGGAGCUCACAGGAUCAGACCAUGGAGCCAGAGAGCAACCAAGUGGAGCCACUGGCCGGCGUGGAGGAGAAGGCUCAGUGCAUCGGCAUUCCCGACAGGGCCUACGCCAAACUCCUACCUCAUCCCAAGCCCCCCCUGCCCAUGGAGUGUGCCCGGCGCAACCUGCCCCCAGAUGGGGAGGGAGAUGGCUCCAGCCUGAAGAGUGAUCUGAAGGCCAACCAGAGCAAGGGCACGUGGCCGGCCGAGAGCAGCUACGCCGGCCCAGCUGCCCAGGGGUGCAUGAGGGACCUGGCAUCCACCCCUGAGCGAGGAGGACCCGUGUCUGAAAACGGGGCAGCGGGCGAAGGGCCGGCAGAGAGCAAGGGGUUGGCUGCCAGCCUGAUGGAGAAGCCCCUCUGCGGUGGAGGGAAGGCUCUGCCCGAAGCUGCCGUGCCUUGCAUGGGGCAGGGCACCAGCCUUCCCACCAUGGAUGCUGGCACUGUGGGAGCUGCCCCCAACCAGUUCCACCCUCUCUACAUGCCGGGUCUGGAAUACCCGAAUUCAGCUGCUCGUUAUCACAUCAACCCGGGGCUGCAAGGGUUCGGCCCAGUGAUGGGUGGGAAGCCUCCCCCAGUGUCCCACCCGCAGCAUUUUCCUGCGCGGGGCUUCCAGCCAAGCAGUGCCCAUCCCGGGGUCUUCCCUCGCUAUCGGCCCCACCAGGGCAUGCCCUACCCCUACCAGCCCCAGCCUCAACCUUCUUACCACCACUACCAGCGGCCACCCUACUACGCCUGUCCGCAGGGCUACUCGGACUGGCAGAGGCCUCUUCACCCCCAGGCCAGCCCCAGCGGCCACCCGCCCCUGGCCAGACCCCCUUUCUCUGACCGGGGGAAUGUGAGCAGCUUGCAGGGCUGCGAGGCACUGAGUGCUGCCCUGGCUUCUCCCAACCGCAUGGACGUAGCGAGUGCCAAAGAGGUUUCUCCAAGCGACGGGCAGGAUCUGGGGCCUGAAGAUGAGAAGUCUGAGGAAUCCCAGGAGCGGCCGGAGAGUCCCAAAGAGUUCCUAGAUUUGGACAACCACAACGCAGCCACGAAGAGGCAAAGCUCGGUGGCAGCAGGAGAGUUUCUCUAUGGAGCUCCCCCACCUCACCUGGGUUCGGGAAUGGGAUUUGGGCCAUCAGCUUUCCCUCCCCACGGGAUGAUGCUGCAGACUGGCUCUCCCUACACAUCCCGGCAUCCCGCCGGUCAUUUCCAGCCCAGGACGUACGGAUCACCCAUGAAUGCCCACCUGUCUCAUCAUCCAGCCCCUGGCCAAGCUAAUGGCCUCUCUCAGGAGGGACCCCUGUACCGCUGCCGGGAGGAGAACAUAGGUCACUUUCAGGCCUUGCUGAUGGAGCAGAGAGGCAGUGGAGGUGGCAUGGGGGGGCCACCCCAGGACUUGUAUAGACCAUCGGGAAUGCAAAUGCAUCAGGCUCAAGUUCCUUUCCCGAAGAUGCCUACAGCAACCAUGUCUCGAGAAGAUCUGACGCCACAAAAAUCAUCAGCGUUGCCUCUGGAUCAAGUAAGGGCCACCAAGGAGAGCAGAGCUCAGAUGAGAGCCUUUUCUUGCUCUGCCAGUUAAAGGAGUGAAGUAUUUGCUAGCAGUGGAAAGCGCUGGAGGAAGCUGGGAAGUGAGCUUACUGAUAGGCAGAGGAGCUGGAGAUGUCUAUUUUGUCAUAGUUGACUGUGCUGACUAGUUGACUAUCUGUUAGCACAGGUAGUGCCAGCUUUGGAGUAAUAGCAUGAAAUUGUGAGGUUGCUCCUUUCUACAGCUGCUAGUUGAAGGUCUCCAACUCCUCUUUUUCUUC